CCGCUUCCCGCGAAGCAGGCGAUGGCGGCUCGGGUGCUGCUUGCGGCGCUGCUUGCGGCGCUGGGUCUCUUCGUCUCAGCGGGAAAAAUGAAGAUCGUGGAGGAGCCGAAUACGUUCGGGUUGAAUAACCCAUUCUUGCCUCAGACAAAUAGGCUGCAGCCAAAGAUGUCCCCGUCUGCAGUAUCAGGCCCUGCACAUCUCUUUAGGCUUGCUGGCAAGUGUUUCAGUUUUGUGGAAUCCACGUACAAGUAUGAGUUUUGUCCUUUCCGUAAUGUCACUCAGCAUGAGCAAACUUUUCGAUGGAAUGCCUAUAGUGGGAUUUUAGGAAUCUGGCAUGAAUGGGAAAUUGACAAUAACACAUUUGUUGGAAUGUGGAUGAGGGAAGGAGACUCCUGUGAAACUAAGAGCAGACAGACAAAGGUUCAUCUUGUGUGUGGAAAGAGCAAUAAGUUGGCUUAUGUGUCUGAGCCAAGUACUUGUGUUUACUCUCUGACAUUUGAGACUCCUCUCGUGUGCCAUCCCCACUCACUUUUAGUUUAUCCAACUCUGACUGAAGCACUGCAGAGGAAGUGGGAUGAAGCAGAGCAGCUUCUGUACGAUGAACUAAUAACCGACCAGGGUUACAAAAAAAUUCUGAAAGAGAUUUUUGAGGAAGCAGGACUUCUAAAAGCAACAGAAGAAAAUGAAGUUGAAAAACAGAGUAAGAAAAUAACUCCGGAAUUUGAAACAGUGGAAAAGUGCAGUAAGGAAUACAAGCAACUUUCUGAAGAAAUAAAAAAACUUAGAGUUUUAUUAGGUCAGCAUGGUAUUGCAUACAAAGGAAAUCUUGCUGGAAAUUCCAGUGUUGAGUAUGUAAGUCACCAACUGGCAACUGCAGUGGCAUCAGUUCUUAAUGGGUCAAAGGAUGAUGAGCACCUGCAUGGCGAUACAGGAAUUUGGAACUACACUCUGUGAAGAAACUUGGAUGGUACAUAAUGUAAAUUAAACUGAACAUGUAUUAUGCCACAAAGAUGAUUUGCCUUCUUUUGAGUAUUCUUGACUUUGUUUCAAUUUGUGCCCUAAAGCGAACACAGUGUAGUAGAGUGAGGGCACACCACUAUGAGAAUAGUUAGCUAGUUUCUGACAACAUUUGUAACACUUCUUUGGUACCACCAGUAUUUGGCACAAACUUAAGAUUCUCUGUGCCUAGUCCCAGCUUUUGCUAUUUUUAUUGAUCAAGUGUGGUAGAAGUUGAAGUGAAUAUAAACUAGCUCAAGACCAGUGCUGCAAGGUGUUUUAAGAAAUGUACUAAAUACAUUAUUAAGAACAUGCUAUUUCAUCUAUAUGCUAAAAAGAUUUCUGGACACACUUUAGCGAAAAGGAAACGUUUUCUGCCACAGCAGUGCAGACCACACCACUGCACCGAUUCGUGUUCAAAGGUCGAUGUCGUCUUUGUCAGGUUAAAUGGAAGUUGGUCAGAAUCUGACAGAAAGGUGCAAUGAAAUCACUGAGUUGUUACAAAAGCAUAGUUGUGGUGAGGUAAUACAUGGCAAUUUUCUGUACGUAAUACGGAAUAAAAUGGACUCCUCCAACACAAACUGUGGAA